GGUCUGGUGCAAGCAAGAUAAACAUUUUUAAAGAUUUUUUAACUUGGCAUUCCUCAGUGGCCUGUCUUACUUGGGAAUAUCCAGAGGGAUGGAGGCGUGUGGGCGAGACCUGGAGCGAUGCUGUCUGUCCCCCUGUCUGUUCUUUAGUGUCCCUUUUCCAAGUUGUUGCUGUCACUACCCCCAGCUCUGGGGUUCUCUGUCCUCUCUGAAUGACCUCCUUGGUUUCUUUUUCAUCUGCCUAAUGUCUGCCACCAGAUACUUUCGUUGUUUUAAUUUAGCUUCUGGUUUGGGAUAUGGCGUAUACUUUUAUAUUUUUCUUUGGACAUAAUUUCAAACUUAGAAAAAGCUGCAAAAAUAAAAGUAGUGCAGAGAACGUCCAUGUACCCUGUAUCUAGAUUUUCCUAUUGUUAACAUUUUAUUCCAUUUGCUUUAUCAAUUCCCUCCCUCCCUGUCUAUGCAUGUAUACAUUUGUUUUUUUCCGAGGUAUUUAAAGGUAAGUUACAAACAUAAUGUCCCUUUGUGCCUAAAUACUCAAUAUGUUCUCCCCAAGAAUAGGGACCAGAUACUGUUUUAAAUGGUUGGUGCUGUCUGUUUUUAGCAAAUGACUAAAAACAUAAAUGGGUGGCUUGUUCAACCUACUCAACACCAUUUGCUCAUUAUAAGCCAUUUCCCAUGAGGCUCUGAACUCAGAGUGGCAAGGUGGCCUCUUUUCUUUGCUUCACUUCUGUCGUGUAACAGCCUGGGUAGCCUGCUAGAGGGUUGAUGUGAGUUGAAGGUGCCCCCUUCUAGAUGCAUACAGGGCUUUGCAUGUGAAGGUGGAGAUGUUUGUGCAGGGUGGGAAAGAUCUGGUCCACUCCGUAAGCAGCGGUGCACUCCCCCCGCUGUGUGUGGGCCAAGUGUGAGUGAGCAUCUGUGUGUGAGAGCCCGGAGUUGUCGUCCUGUCCAUGGAUGUUCACAGCACUCAAACGUUUGCCAGGGGCAGUGUGGGGAGCGUGCUCUCCUCACGCGCUUCCUCCACAGCCUGGUCUGGAAUGGCAGCACGUGUUGGGAUGCAAACUGAUACUACGUACCUUGGCAGCUUUAAGGUAUUGGCAAUCGCAGUUGGCUGCUGUGGCGUGCAGAAAGAUCAGGGCUCAGGGAGUCAGCCUGUGUGAGUUCUAAGUUUGGCUCCACUGUUUAGCUCCCCAUGGGUAUGAGGCGUUCCUCUCUGCCACCUGCUUUUCCCAUUCUGUUAAUUGACAUGGUUGGAGUGGAUGACCAUCUUCCUAGUCUUAAAUCCAGUGACUUACAUGUGGAAAUGAGACAACGAAGGAGUGAUGUAGGAUCCAGGAGACUUAGAGCUUCAUCCUGCCCUGGCCCAUUCCGUUCCUCCUGCCGCCAGCUAGGAACUCCAGAUAUACUUAAUGUAAAACGGGGCUCAGAAUAUUGGGGGAAAUACAGGAGGCUAUAUCAGUGCCUGUUGGGAGAGUUCUAAAAAUCUGACUCUGUUUUGAUCUGGUUAUUAAAAAGCACCCGGUCAUCCUGGGUGCCUGCUAGCAGGGCCCCUGUCUCCGGUCAUCCUGGGUGCCUGCUAGCAGGGCCCCUGUCUCCGGUCAUCCUGGGUGCCUGCUAGCAGGGCCCCUGUCUCCGGUCAUCCUGGGUGCCUGCUAGCAGGGCCCCUGUCUCCGGUCAUCCUGGGUGCCUGCUAGCAGGGCCCCUGUCUCCGGUCAUCCUGGGUGCCUGCUAGCAGGGCCCCUGUCUCCGGUCAUCCUGGGUGCCUGCUAGCAGGGCCCCUGUCUCCGGUCAUCCUGGGUGCCUGCUAGCAGGGCCCCUGUCUCCGGUCAUCCUGGGUGCCUGCUAGCAGGGCCCCUGUCUCCGGUCAUCCUGGGUGCCUGCUAGCAGGGCCCCUGUCUCCGGUCAUCCUGGGUGCCUGCUAGCAGGGCCCCUGUCUCCGGUCAUCCUGGGUGCCUGCUAGCAGGGCCCCUGUCUUGCAUGCUGUGUCUUCUCGGUGUGUUGUUGCUGGUGGCCCAGACAGGAGAUGACACUCCCCAUGUGGUCGGUCACUACAUAAAACGUGUCUCUCUCUCGUUUGUUUCCCACCUGCUUUCCGAGCCCCUUUCUCGGACAGUCGACCACAGCAUGUUUGAGAACCUGAACACAGCCCUCACUCCCAAGCUCCAGUCAAGCCGCUCCUUCCCCCACUUGUCCAGGCCAACAGCCCCCAGCUCUGCUGCUCAGGGGUCUGCGGAGCUCGGGGGGCCCGGACUCUGGGUGGGCAGCGGUCAGCACCUCAAGAGCCUGGGCAAAGUGGUGGGGGCCAAAGUGAAUGACUUCCUGCGGAGAAAGGAGCCCUCGAGCCUGGGCAGCGUGGGGACCACAGAGGUCAACAAGACUGCAGAGGCCCAACUGGCCGGCGGGGCUGAUGGGGAUGACGGAAGGUCAGCCCUGCAAGAAGCAUUCCCUCGGCUGGAUCCUCCACCUCCAGCCACCAGGAAGCGAACCCCUCGGGCCCUGAAGACCACCCAGGACAUGCUGAUUUCGUCACAGCCUGUCCUAAGCAGUCUGGAGUAUGGGACAGAGCUGGCAUCUGAGCAGCCCCAGGUCUCGUCUUCCGCCCAACCCAGCCCAGCCGAUGCUUCCCAGCCAGAGGCCACCACGGAGGUGGUGGACAGGGGUGACGCUCUGCCCAACGGAGAGGUUUCUGUGUCGGUACCUGACCUCAUCCACAAAGACAGCCAGGACGACCCCAAGUUCAAGGUGACUGAGUGCCGAAGGGCCUCCUCCCCUGGCCUCAUGGAGAGAAAUGGCCUCAAACUCAGCCUGAGCCCCAUCAGCCUGGCCGAGUCUCCGGAGGACGGCAGCCCACCGCCGCGGGCGCGGACCUCCAGCGUUGACAAUGAGGGCCCUCACCCAGACCUGCUGUCCUUUGAGUAGAGCUGCUGAGCGCCUCCCUCUGCCCCCUCCUCCUGGCCCUCCAUGCACCCUGGCCCUGCCCUCUCUCCUGCUGUCUGUCCCCCUUGCACAAGGCAUGGCAGAGUGAUUCUCCUGGUGAUUGCAGGGCCAAAGGUCCAAGUGGUUGUAUAGUCCAAGAGUCUGUCCAUGGAAUGGAAAAAGUACUCCCUUGGGUGCCAUCCCAGCUUCUCUGCAUGCUGGCUGCAGCCCUUGGAUGUUGGGGCUCCUCUGCUCUCACGGUGCCCUGGCUUCCCACUGGCGUGCAGGGCCAGCAGCCCAGGAUGAAGGCUGUUCUCUUUGCCUGUCUUCCAAAUGCCGCCUGCUCUUCUCUUUUCCUUGCCCUCCUGGUUCCUUCCUUCUCCCUGGGUGCUCAGAGGCCUCCUGCCUCAGGGGCAAUCAGUUUGGAUGGGGGGUGCUGGGUUUGGCUUGGUGACGGGCCCAGACCCAGAAAGCCACACGAGAGCACAGCCCAGCCGCAGCUUUUCCUGGUCACAAGACAGUGCAGGCCUCGGGCUGUCCCCUUGCCUCUGCCCGUGUGGAUGCAGGCUGAGGGAGAUGCUUAUGCCUGAGACCCUGGGCAGCCUUGGCGCCCAGCGUUCACAGGGGCUUCUCCUCUGGAUGGGGAGCACGGUGAGCCCUCCCUGGGGCAGGGCAUGGAGCCAGCCACGGAGGGCACCUGCCCAGCGUGGGCGUGUCCAGAGGCUUUGGGAAUGAUGGUGCCCCAGCUACGCUUGUGUUCCCUGCCCAGAAGGAGGGGCCCGGGCUUCCCGCGCUGUGUGUGAAGGCAGGGCUAGGCAGGCCCUGGCAGAAGCAGCAGAGCAAGUUCUGAUGUCAUUUGGGGGGAGGGCAUCCAGGGAGCUGGUCCCGAGAGAAUGUGGAGCAGUAAUGGAGAAGGCCGUGGAAAGAGGAGUUGUAGGACUCAGGGCAGCUAUGGGGCCUCACAGCCUGCUGAGAUGUAGUUGCAGGCUCUAGGCUUGCCAAGUGCGAGGAUGAAGGUGGAGAGUGUGAGGACCAAGGUGGAGGGUGUGAGAGGCUGGAAUGUGGUGGGAGGCUGGGCAGGCUGCCCUUGAGGAGGAGGCACUCUGCUCUUGCCCUGAAGGCACCCUCUGUGCACCUGCUCUGGGGUCUCUGUGACGGACUGGCAGUGCCCCCGGCCCCGCUGGUCCCGCCCUCUUGUGUUAACCCACCUCUGUGUUCCUGUCUCCCACCAGGAGUCCUGUCCUGCUGCUUUCCUGUGGCCAGGAGACCCUGUCAGGGGUUGAUCCAAACCUUGGGGGCCUUUGCAGCAAGAAGAGAACAUGCCUUUUCUUAAGCAGGGUGGCUGGUCCCUGGGAGAAGGCUGAGAGGGGCUCAUCCGGCCAGAGCAGGGUCUUCAUUCCUCUUCCUGCAAUUCCUGCUGCCUCCUCCUUUUCUAGUCACCGCUUGGCUUCCCCUUCUGGGCGCCCCAGAGCUCACUGCCCACUUCAUCUCAUCACCCAAUUCCUGCUCCCCCCUCACCACCUCUGUGGACCUGGGAUCACCAGCGUGCAGGCUGCUCCUGCCCUGUGUGCUUGUGUCUGAGCCACAUGGCCAGGCCACAGCUCUGCCACGGCCUUGUCUUUUCACAGCAAAGCUUUGUCUCCUCUUCCUCAGAAGGGUCCCAGCACCCCCCGGCACCUGGCAGGCCAUUGAGAAGUGAGCAAGGCUGUUGCUGAAUUGAGUCGAUCCUGCCUUAUUCCAGGAACAUCACGAGGAUGCGAUAUCUGCCCUCAAUGCUCUGAAGUUCUUAGGACUAGCAUUUUGGGGGCCUGUAAGUUUUCCCAUAUUGGCUUGAGGUUCUGCACAAAACACAGAGCUGGGGGUGGGGAACAGAAAACUAAACCCACAUGCUGGGAGCUAGCCCACUUUCAUCUGUACUUCCAUACCAGAAGUUCAGCUUGCUUCUGAUGGGAAACUUACUGAGUAUCUACACUCUGGUCUGCUUCUCUCCCAGGGACAGCAUGGCUCUGGCCGGGUGAUAUUGUAGCCAUAGGUACAGAGGUGGCAAGCUAGGGAUGGUCCAAACACCCUGCUGUCCACUACCCAGCCAGAUGGCACUGAGGUCCAGGAGUCAGCACAGGCAUCCUGUCAGGCUGUCCCAGGACCAUGGACAGGGCGACCCCAGCGUUCCUCAGACUCUUGUCCAGUGCUGAAUGAGGACGGGGCUGUGGGACCCUGUGUUAAUGUCCAGGUGGCCUCUCUUUGGUCACCACCUCAGCCAUUCUUCUGCAGCAGGAGGUGGGGGAGCUCUCUGAGGCUAAAAUCAAGUCCUAAAUGCUGCAGAGAGUGCCUGGUACUAGGGCACAAGGGGUUCCUAAAGGCCAACAGAAACAGCAAUAUCUAUCCUGCCAAGGGCCCUGGCACAGACCAGCUGUCUAUGCAAAACCCCACUUGGCUUCCUGUGUCCAUCUCAACACCUGACCUUCCUGUAACUGCAACAUGCUGUCACCCCUGACACGUGCACACACACCCCUCAGGGUGACUCCAGCUUCUCUGGAGGCUGGACCCUGGGGUGGCCCAGUCUGCUCAAGGCCGGGGCACUAAGGAGAAAUGUCUUCUAUGUCCUCAGAAGGAAGUGGGUCCAUGGAGUGUGUUUUUUCACAUUCUAGUCCCACUCCCCUGUAUCCCCAUAUUCAGCAAUAGCUUUACCCUGACAGAUGCAAAGUGAGCUUCCAGAACCUGGCAAAAAGGUGGCAUAUUCAUACUCCCCUGGC